GAGCAGCAGCCAGUCGUGUUUUUCCCGGCGCCGAGCUCGCUCUCUCCUCUCUCAUCCUGCGCUGAGACUCUCUCAUACGUUCUGUUGCUCAGCGGACAGAGAAGACCGCUCUUAUUUUCCUCCUCUCUUCCCCCACUUGUCCGUUGUUUCCCUUAUCGCUUUAUUCCUUUUUUCCUCCCCACACAUUUCGACCUCUUGCUGCCCCCGCCCCCGUGACAGGGGCAUUAGUGGGGGUCCCAACGUGCGUGCCUGAGUGAGUGUGAGUGUUGGGGGGGGUUCAGGAUGGAAGCAGUGGCACUGUAUACGUUUCGUGCCACGGAGAGCGAUGAACUCAGUUUCAACAAGGGAGACUUGCUCAAGAUCACAAACAUGGAGGAUGAUCCCAACUGGUACACGGCUGAACUCCACAACAGGAAGGGCUUCGUGCCGAAAAACUACAUCAACCUGCGGCCGCACGCCUGGUUUGCCGGUCGUAUAUCUCGUGGCGUGGCAGAGAGUCGACUAAGACACCGAGAAUGUGGAGCGUUCCUUGUCCGGGAGAGCGAGAGCGCUCCUGGAGAGUUUUCCAUGUCCGUCAGCUACGGGGACCACGUUCAGCACUUCAAAGUGCUGCAGGACCGCUGCAGUCAGUACUACGUGUGGGACGAGGCCUUCUCCUCUCUCAACGAGCUGGUGGAGUUUUACCACAGCAACAGUAUCGCAAAGGAGAGGACGGUUUUCCUGAGAGACCCGGAGCACUUCGCCAGGCGCCCCCAUCAUGCCCACGCUCUCUUCGACUUCACGCCCCACCACCCGUCCCAGCUACGCUUCCUGCGCGGGGACGUCAUUGAACUCAUUGACUGCUCUGAUUCGCUGCGCUGGAGGGGCCGUUGCCAUGGACGCGUGGGCUGCUUCCCCCCAGAAUACGUGCAGCCCAUUUACCAAUGUCAAUGACCUGACAUGGGGGAAGCACACGGCCAUUCCUUCGGUGGGUUUUCAGAGAACCACGUCGACACCGCCCACCCCGCAAAAACCACACACAAACACAUUUCCUCUGAUCUGGAUUUCAUUUCUGCGGCGAAUGACUGAUGGAGCUGCCACGAGGGUCGCUCAGUCUCUUACUGGCUCCGCCCAUUUUCAUCUGACGCCACCUUAUCAGGAGAAAGCCUCCCUGGGACUGCUGCUGAAGGCUCAUCAAUUUCCUCCACCCGACCUCACAACUUCACUUCCCAUUAAAGAUGUAAAAAAAAUUCACACGUGGACCUACACACUGUGGACGAUUCUCACAUAUACACAGUGAAACACACACACACACACAUAUGCUCCAAGGCAUAAUCAUUUAUUACAGCUUAUCAGCACUGGUGCAGACUUGAUAGAAGUAACACAUGCACUAACCUGUUGGGGGAGAACGUGCGGGGGAGGAGGGGGCCCUCAGCCAGCUGAAGAAAGGAGGUCAGAGUUUCCUCCGCCGCGGAUCUGCUCCAGUAUUUUUGUUGGCAUUCCCACGAGGAGAUCCGGCGAGCUGAGCGGGGGACACACAGAAAGUCAUUGUGUUGUGAAUAGUGGAGCCGAACUCUGCCAGCAGACUGACACAGCAGAUUCCUCCCUUCGUCUCAGACCGGGCCUGUGUUUGUGUGUGAGGAAGAGAAGCGGAGUGUGUGAGCGCGAAGGGGAUUUAUAUACAGUAGCAAUGCAUGUUGUGCUACUGGGUUGAUGGAUGGUGAUCAUAUCAGUUGUCUGGUUUGUGUGAGUGUGUGUGUUGGGGGGAGGGGCACAGGGCACGAAAGUAUUAGAGCGAGCACUUUGAGAUGAACACUGCCCAGAAGACGCUUUCUUUUGACGACACGCUGCUCAAAAAGUGUAAGAUGCUUCAUGUCCCAUUAGUUUGUUUCUAUGUAUUUAUUCUUAUCCAUGUGUAAUCCUGAAAUACAUAUAUUGCAAGUAAAAUGGAAACAUUGUGUAAAAGUUUGGUUUCUGUGGCAUCAAAUGUUGGAAGAAAACCACAUAUUAUGUGAUUAACAGUGAGAACAUGGACCGGUCUUCCUCAACCUGUAGUGACAAAUCAUUUCAAUAAAGUGAUACAUUUACCUCUUUGAACAUGGAGAUUCAACAUUAUUCUAAGCAAAACUGUGUCAGAAUUAGCUCUCUGA